AUGCGGAGAUUCGAGCUAACACAGCUUUGUACAUUGUCUCCUCCUACGAAAGCAUUGGUCGUGGCUGUUUAUCAGCGUUUAAGUAUGGACAUUCCCAUGAAUAAUUCCACAGACCUCAGGAGCCCUCUAAACAGCAGCAGUGAACCGUCUCCAUUGGCAUUUGAUAUUAAACUCAAGUGUCGUAUAGAGACGAAAGGGACACAGUCUCACCCGUCGUCACCAUCUCCAAUAGUGGGAUCAAAAGAAGAGUCUGUUCCUGAACAGGAGGAGGAAGAACAACAACAAAAGGAACACGAAAGUCAAGGAAAUCAGGAACAUGAUGAGCUGGAAGAACUGGAACAGAUGUUGUUGGGAAAAUCCACGGGCUCGGUCGCUAUUCUGACACGUCAGCACGAAGCAUUGGACCAUCGACGACAUACAUUUAGUACCAUGUCGGCCGACAGUCGUGCCAAUAUGAGACGACGGAGUUAUGACCUUACAACAAUGCACUCUGGCAGUACAUUUCCGCCGCCACUGCAGCCGUUUUCCCACUCCUUCAAGACACACCAUCAUUUGCAACAUUUGCGAGUGUAUGGCAAGAUCUCCGACUUAGUGAAACCUAUUGGUGCAUGCCAUGAAGAAGGUGCGUCAAUGGUGGCUUUUAUCUCGCCUAGUAUGGACACUGUCUGGACACGAGGUAAAUCUGUGGAUAUCGUGUGGAAAGUACUCGACACGAAGGUAUCGAAGCUACGUAUUGAACUAUUGGAAGAUGGAUUGAGUGCGACGACACUUAUUGCUGCAGAGGCUCCAAAUACGGGCUUUUUUACAUAUCCUAAAGUACCGUGGGGCAUGGAAUCGGGUUCUAAAUAUUUUUUGCGAGUCUCAGCAGCCGAUGAUUCGGAACGAUAUUGCACAAGCUGUUUCUUUCCAAUUAGCUCAGCUCCAUAA